AUGGCGCAAACCGCUCUUGUUACCUCGAAGGGUCGCUUCCUCUUUACCUCAGAGAGCGUGAAUGAGGGACACCCUGACAAGCUCUGCGACCAAGUCUCAGACGCUAUUCUAGAUGCGUGUCUGGCAGAAGACCCAAAUAGCAAGGUGGCAUGUGAGACGUGCACAAAGACCGGAAUGGUCAUGAUAUUUGGCGAAAUUAGUACCAAUGCCAACGUGGAUUACGAGAAGAUCAUCCGGGAAACCUGCAGGGACAUCGGGUAUGACGAUGAGUCAAAGGGCCUCGACUACAAGACAAUGAAAGUCGUAGUGGCAAUCGAGGAUCAGAGCCCCGAUAUCGCCCAGGCCGUCCAUCUUAACAAAAAAAUUGAGGAAAUCGGAGCAGGCGACCAAGGUCACAUGUUUGGUUACGCGUGCGAUGAAACUCCAGAGUUGAUGCCGCUUAGCCACUCGUUGGCAACUUCUCUGGGCAAGCGGCUGACAGAUGUUCGGAAAACCGGAAUACUGCCGUAUAUCCGCCCGGACGGAAAGACUCAGGUUACAGUUGAGUAUGACAACACUAUCGGCGAACCAGUGCCGGUUCGCGUGCACACAAUCGUCAUUUCGACGCAACACGCGCCCGAGGUUGAUAACGAGCAGCUGAGGCGGGACAUCAUUGAACAUGUUAUCAAGCCGGUUGUUCCCGAACGAUAUCUCGACGCAAACACCAUUUAUCAUUUGAACCCGUCUGGGCGAUUUGUUAUAGGAGGACCGCAUGGGGAUGCAGGGCUCACAGGCCGCAAGAUCAUCAUCGACACAUAUGGUGGCUGGGGAGCACACGGGGGUGGAGCUUUCAGUGGCAAAGAUUCUACAAAAGUUGAUAGGAGUGCAGCCUAUGCAGCGCGCUGGGCAGCGAAGUCUCUUGUUGCCAAUGGCUUUUGCAAGCGGUGCCUUGUGCAGGUUUCAUAUUCAAUUGGCGUGGCGGCCCCCCUGUCGCUCUUCGUUGACUCAUACGGCACCUGUGCUAGUGGAUACACGGACGAUCAACUGCUCCGGAUUAUCGUGGAGAAUUUCGAUUUCAGACCAGGAGUCAUCCAGAGGGACCUGCGCCUGAAGGAACCCCUGUUUAAGGAACUUGCAGUGUACGGUCACUUUGGGCGUUGCCCGGAGAAGUAUGCUUGGGAGAAGCCAAUGGAUCUUUCCCACUGCAAAAAGCCCGAAGCGGGGGAAUUAUUGAAUCCGGAAUUUCAUUGGCAGGCGUCAGGCAGGGAAUAUCCUAGUUUGACUGCUUUAGCACCAGAGGUUGGCGCAUGUUGUGUAUCCACUGGGGCGCCGCUCUGCUCUUUCUUUACUGGUAUCGGUGAUAGUUAG